CCCUAACAAACCGCACGCCCAUUUCCGUGAAAGCGAGCAACCCUCGUCGAGCACCCAUCCAUGACGCGGGCGGGGGGGCGGGCGCGACGGGACGGGACCAGCCAAACCAAAACCAGCAGCCUCUGCCCACCCCUCGCGCCGCGCCUAUAAACCACCUCCCUUCUCCCCUCACUCCUCUCUCCCUCGUCUAGCCGCUCGCUACACCCCAAAAGCCUCACGCGCUCCCCCUCCCCUCCGCUCCUCGUCGCCACGCCGGCGAGAGGGGCGCCCCACCCUCGCGCGUAUAUAACGAGUCUCGCGGAGGGACCCGUCCCUUAUCCGCUCGCCAAGAUCUGACUCCCGCCUGUGCGUCUCCGCUUCUGCGAGGCGAUCCCGCCGGGGCCAGGGUAUAAGCUGCUGUCAUGGCGUCCAACACAGGAGCCUCAGGAUGGCUGAGGGGUAAGGUGAAGGCUGUGACAUCUGGGGACUGUCUUCUCAUCAUGGGGAGUACAAAGGCUGAGAUCCCACCCGAGAAGUCCAUCACCCUGUCCUAUCUUAUGGCGCCAAGGCUGGCUCGCCGUGGCGGAGUGGAUGAGCCCUUUGCGUGGGAAAGCAGGGAGUUUCUGAGAAAGCUUUGCAUUGGGAAGGAGGUCACAUUCAGAGUGGAUUAUACAGCUCCAAAUAUUGGGCGAGAAUUUGGUACUGUUUACCUUGGUGACAAGAACGUCGCCUACUCAGUAGUUUCUGCUGGAUGGGCAAGGGUAAAGGAGCAAGGCCCAAAAGGGGGUGAACAAAGCCCAUACCUUGCUGAGCUGCUAAGGCUGGAGGAAGUUGCCAAGCAACAGGGUCUAGGCCGUUGGAGCAAGGAACCCGAUGCUGCUGAAGAAUCAAUAAGAGAUCUUCCUCCUUCUGCAAUUGGUGAAGCAAGCGGUUUUGAUGCAAAGGGUUUUGCUGUUGCAAAUAAAGGCAAGAGUUUGGAAGCCAUUGUUGAACAAGUUCGUGAUGGUAGUACUGUUCGUGUUUACUUGCUUCCAAGUUUCCAAUUUGUGCAGAUAUACGUUGCUGGAGUACAGGCUCCGUCCAUGGGGAGGCGCUCCUCGGUUCCUACUGUGGUUGCUGAAACAAAUGGUACUGCUGAUGGUGCAAAUGGUGAAGAUUCGGAGGGAACACCUGCACAACUGACUACAGCUCAAAGGCUCGUUGCAUCUGCAGCUUCUACUGAAGUCCCACCAGAUAGGUUUGGAAGAGAAGCCAAGCACUUCACAGAGACUCGAGUUCUGAACAGAGAUGUGCGGAUUGUGGUGGAGGGUACGGACAGUUUUAGUAACAUAAUUGGUUCGGUGUACUACCCUGAUGGGGAGACUGCAAAGGACUUGGCCCUCGAGCUUGUUGAAAAUGGUCUUGCAAAGUAUGUCGAAUGGAGUGCUAAUAUGCUUGAUGUUGAAGUCAAAAUAAAGCUGAAGAAUGCAGAGCUUCAAGCUAAAAAGGAUCAGCUGAGAAUCUGGACAGGGUUUAAGCCCCCUGUCACUAACUCAAAGCCUAUCCAUGACCAGAAAUUUACUGGAAAGGUGGUAGAGGUUGUGAGUGGCGAUUGCAUUAUUGUUGCUGAUGAUGCUGCUCCUUAUGGAAGUCCGUCUGCCGAACGUCGGGUUAAUCUCUCAAGCAUUAGAGCUCCUAAGUUGGGCAAUCCUCGUAGAGACGAUAAUAAGCCUGAAAGUUUUGCUCGUGAAGCUAAGGAAUUCUUGCGCACACGGUUGAUUGGCAAACAAGUAACUGUUCAAAUGGAAUACUCUAGAAGGAUCAGCACUGUGGAUGGCCAAAAUGUUGGGCCCACAACGAACGUGGCUGAUACCAGAGUUUUGGAUUAUGGUUCAGUUUUUCUAGGUUCACCUUCCCAGGCUGAUGGAGAUGACAUAUCUUCUAUUCCGAGCUCAGCCAGCCAGCCUGGAGUUAAUGUUGCUGAGCUUUUGCUUGCACGGGGAUUUGCUCAAACAUCCAAACAUCGUGACUACGAGGAAAGGUCACACUAUUAUGAUGCUUUAUUAGCAGCUGAAUCACGGGCCGAGAAAGCAAAGAAAGGAAAGCAUUCUGGAAAGGAAUCUCCUGUGAUGCAUAUAACAGAUUUAACAAUGGUAUCUGCGAAGAAGGCAAAAGAUUUCCUUCCCUUCCUACAGCGGAAUAGAAGACAUUCCGCCAUCGUUGAAUAUGUUUUCAGUGGCCAUCGGUUCAAGCUAACAAUUCCUAAGGAGACUUGCAGUAUUGCCUUAUCAUUUUCUGGUGUUCGGUGCCCUGGUAAAGGUGAGCCCUACUCAGAUGAAGCUAUUGCUUUAAUGAGGAGAAGAGUACUACAACGUGAUGUGGAGAUAGAGGUUGAAGCAGUUGAUAGAACUGGAACAUUCUUAGGUUCUUUGUGGGAGACCAAGACCAACAUGGCUUCAGUUCUUUUAGAGGCUGGGUUGGCUAAGCUUAGUUCGUUUGGUUUGGAUAGGAUUCCGGAUGCUCAUGUCCUAACAAGAGCUGAACAGUCUGCAAAGCAACAAAAACUUAAGAUAUGGGAGAACUACGUGGAGGGUGAAGAGGUUUCCAAUGGAUCCACACCUCAAUCCAAACAAAAGGAAAUUCUCAAGGUUGUUGUCACGGAAGUCCUUGGUGGUGGAAAGUUCUAUGUCCAGACAGUAGGUGACCAGAGAGUGGCUUCAAUUCAACAGCAGCUUGCAUCUUUGAAACUUAAAGAUGCACCGGUCAUUGGUGCUUUUAAUCCUGUGAAGGGAGAGAUAGUCAUAGCACAAUUUGGCCUUGACAACUCCUGGAAUAGAGCUAUGAUCGUGAAUGGACCUCGAGCUGUAGAAUCUCCCAAUGACAAGUUUGAAGUAUUUUACAUCGACUAUGGCAACCAAGAAGUGGUUCCUUACAGUCGUAUACGACCUGUGGAUUCAUCUGUUUCCUCGGCUCCUGCUCUUGCUCAGCUAUGCAGCCUUGCCUUCAUAAAAGUACCAAGUCUAGAGGAUGAUUUCGGUCAGGAAGCAGCAGAGUAUCUAAGUGAAUGUUUGCUCAGCAACUCAAAGCAGUACCGAGCAAUGAUUGAAGAACGUGACACUUCUGGGGGGAAAUCUAAGGGACAAGGAACCGGGAAUAUUCUUAUUGUUACCCUUGUUGAUGCUGAGACAGAGACUAGCAUAAAUGCAACCAUGCUUGAGGAAGGGCUUGCUCGGCUUGAAAGAAGCAAGAGAUGGGACACUAAGGAGAGGAAGACGGCACUCCAGAACCUGGAACAGUUCCAGGAGAAAGCAAAGAAGGACAGGCUGCAGAUCUGGCAGUACGGAGAUGUCGAAUCCGACGAGGAGGAGCAAGCUCCAGCUGCAAGGAAACCUGGAGGCCGUCGGUAGAUGGCAUGGCGCUCCUGGGGACAGCGCUGGUGGUAAGCUAUGAAGUUUUUUACAUCCCAAGUGGGGAGGUCUGGUAAGCUAUGAAAUGUUUUACAUCCCAAGUGGGGGGGGGGGGGGCUCUGGUAAAGUGGUAAGCUAUGAAGUUUUGGACACCUUAAGGUGGACUCUUGCCGGGAAUAGACGAAAACUUAGUGAGGGGGUACCUUUAUUUAUUCGGUUAGAACAGAGGACUUAGCGAGGCGAAACCUGGCACUUUUGCUGCCAAGUUAUUCCGUUUUACAUCGUAAGGUGAAGGUUAAAGAUACAUUGUUUUUUCCCUGAACUUAAUAAUAUCGUGCCCUUGUGAGCUGCGGUUCUUUGUAGACAGAAUAUAAUGGGAACUGCAGUGAAUUAAAAUUCAGGAUUGCAGUCAGUUAUUCCA